AUGAUAGACACUCAGAGUUCCUGGGCCUUCAGAACAGACAAACCAAAAAUAUUCAGAUAUUCAGAGCUGUUUGACCUGGAUCUCUUUGGUGAAGAAACCACUCAGCUUGGGGAAAUGCUUCUGAGCAGGAUUGGAAAGGAACAGUAUGACUACUGGAGAGAACUGAUUAAAAUAACAAAUCUGUGUCAUAAGAGAGAGAGAGAAAAAAAAAAGCAUUGGCCACCAUUUAGCAGGGAGAAGUGGGGGGGAGUUGUAGAGGACAGCGACAGUGAGGCUACUGGCGUGGAGGGAGACACCCCGGAGUCCCAGUACACAUGCAGCCAGGAGCUCUUCUCAAGCCAGGAGGAGGCUAGCCAGUCGCAGCAGCUGGAAGUUGAUGGUGAGGAAGAAACUGAGGAUCGUGCUCGGGUGACCUUGACUACUGCAGCCGGAUCACCGGCCUCACGUAGGUUGCAGAACUUGAGACGGAAUCCUAGAAAAUCAAAAGAGGAAUUGAUCAAAUCUGUUAUGAGCCACUACAACAGAGAAAGUAGGAAGACACAGGAAUGGAGAGAGAAGAUGUAUGAAUGGAGACAGAGUGUACAUGAAUGGAGGCAAACAGAAAGCAGGAGAAAGGAAUUGUCUGCCAAAAAAACCACAAAGCAGAUGAUAAGCCUCCUGGCUCGCCAAACUGAGUCUUUUGAGUCUCUUGUAGCCAUGCAGACAAAUAUGUACCAUUGUAACCCACAGCCCUCCCAAAGCCCUCUUCCUUGUUCCCCAGUAUUUCCACAAAACAACUUUCUCCAGCAGCCAGUUCCUUAUUAUCCCCAGCUGCCCCCAACACCUGUACGAUCACCUACCAGCCCUGAUAACUAUAAUUCUUACCCUGUUCACUCCACCCCAAUUAUUCUGCAGCAUAGUAAUCCUGAAGUGCAGCAGACAUUGAAUAGUGAUCAAAAUAGGACAUAUUCAAACCUGUGAAUGUACAGUCCACCACCCCAACCCCCUUGCCUUUUAUG